CCCUCCCCUUCUCUGUAUAAUCAAAACUGCGAUAUUUAAGUGACUGAAGUGUACAACAUUCCACACUUAAUUUUUCCAGUUAAUUAAUUGCAUCAUCCGGGUGUUUUAAGUGUGACGCACUGCCGCUGAUCUAUAAUAGAGAUCAGUGCGCACUACACGCACUAGUUACACUACACUAAACCUCAAGGAAUAGUGUAUAUGUAGGCGAUUCGGAACACACCUAAGGAUUUUGAGAUUGUUUUUUUUUAAAUUGUUAUUACCUGUACUGUAUUAACAAAAAGCCAGUAAAAAUAUUUUAUAUAAAGUAUUUUAAUACGUAUUUUGGCGCUUGACCGCGGAAGGCGGGUCUUCACAUGCGCACUUAUUAGAGCGCCUCACUCUCGUGUAUAACGCUGUUCUCUGCUACAGUAGUGCUCAGAAGGGUCGCAGUCUAACUAGGGUGCAUCAGUCAGUGGUCAGGCGGACUCGGGUUAAUGUUCACUCUCAGUUCUGUUCGUCAGUGGCCGAGCGCUCUAAGCAGACUGACCCGCUGUUACAGCCGCACAGGUGGAAUGGCUGCAGACUGGCUGUCCUCGGCCGAGCGAGAGCAGUUCCUCCUGGAGCUCAAGGCCACUGGAUGGACGGAGGUGGAGGACCGCGACGCUCUUCACAAGGAGCUUCACUUCAAGAGCUUUAACCAGGCGUUCGGCUUCAUGUGUCGGGUGGCUCUACAAGCAGAGAAGAUGAACCAUCAUCCGGAGUGGUUCAAUGUUUAUAACAAGGUUCAGAUUACUUUAUCGACUCAUGACUGUGGAGGACUGUCAAAGAAGGACAUUCGACUGGCCAAAUUCAUUGAUAAGGUGGCUCUGUCCCUGUAGCAGCUCUUCCUUCUGUAUUGUACAUUCAUUUUCAAUAUUUCAAAUCUUUUGUAUUGUAUUCCCAAAAGAGAAAUAGUUGAUGUGCUAAUUCACAUAGGUGUGUGUUUAAAAUCACUCUUCUUGAUCUGAUCUACAUGAUUAUGGUAAAUGCAUAUUAAAAAGAUGAUAGAAUACA